GAAAUAGAAACAAUAAAGCUUUAAGGAAAGCUAAAAAAAAAAGUAAACAUCAACGCGUGCGAAGAGGGAGUGCAGAGUAGUUAAACUUAGUUUCACUAUCAGCUGCAUCAUUACAGUCAUCCCAGAUCAAUUAUUAAACCGGAAUCGUGUUAGUUUGAAAAUUUUCUCUGAAAAAUAAAUUUUCCCUUAAAACGAUUCAGAGAAUAUUAAGACAAAAGGGAUUCCAGAUAUUUUGAUUAUGAGUUUUGUUAAGUGUUUGAAUUGUGAUGUUUGCAAAAGAUAUUUUAAUAUAUCUGAUGAGCACUUCCCGGAAGAGUUGUAUGAUCUUAUUAAAAAAUAUAAUAUUGAUCAGUUAAUUUGGCUGUGCCAGGUUUGUAAGGCCGAAAAAGAUGAUUCUCCUCGUUUUAUGAAUGUUUUAAUGGGUGAGGUGAAGAAUAAUACUGAAGAAUUGAAGAAUAUUAAUGAUAUGCUGAUUAAUAUGAAUGAUUCAAUUCAAAGCAUUCAGAAAUCAAAAACCUUCGAUUUACGAAAGGCUGAUGAUUACAAUAACUUUGAUUCAUCUGGUUUUUAUGAUAGUGGUGAUGAUAGUGGACUUUCAUUUCUUUCUACAUCUUUGAGUGCCAAUUCUGGUGGUAAUAGCUCUCCCACUGGUAGCAGCACUUCUACCAUAUUGCUGUCUACUGAUAAAAAUUCUCCUUCUAAUAACAGUGCUCAUAAGUUAUUGAGUAAAAUAUUGGAAGACAUCAAACCUGCUGAAGACGAAGGAAAGGAAAGCCGAGAGAUUGUUGGCACUUUUAUGAAUACUUUGAUUAAAAAACUGAAAGAGGACCCAGAAUUCAAUUGUUUAUACAAUCAGCCUUACUAUACUGGCAGUUCUUAUAAUGAUUUGCGAAUAACAUCUGCAACAGAGUAUGAUAUCGAUAUCAUUUUGAAACCUCCACCAGGAAUUUCUUUGAAGGUUCAAUUUUUCGAAAAGACUUGUGUGUUUGCUAAAAUCAAGUGGGAGAAGUUGAAAGAGUUUUCUGAAAAAGAACAAUAUAUUUUGACAUGGUUUGAAAAACGGUCAGAAAAAUGCUCUGAUGGCUUUUAUCUUCAUCCAGGGAGAAUUAAUUCAUGGCUUCAAGGAAAACUUGUGAAAUGUUUUAAUAAUUUUCCUUCAUGGGAGGGAAUGGAAAAACCAAAAUUAGUAACGAGUGGCCCUGCUAGUACUGUCAAGAUAACUACCACCACUGGGAAAUGCAUCGAUUUAGAUUUAGUGCCUGUGUUCAAAUUUGACUACUCCAUAUUUUCUGAAUCCAACACUCCAAAGCUGCUUCGUGAAUUCAAAGUAACCUCUGAUAAAGAAAUGUGCUUAUUUGUACCCAAACCACUGAAGGCUGGAGGCAAGUCGCCAACCAACUUAUCGCCAGACAUAAACAGUGUCUGGAGAUUAGAUAUGCCAGAAUAUGAGAAAGCAAUUUUGAGCAGCAAAGCUUGUGCCAAAUGUGUAAUAAAGCUUUUGAAGUUAAUGCGAGAUAAUAUGGAUUGGAAAGGGAUUGCCUCAUAUUACUUAAAAACCUUAGUUAUGAUUAAGAUACAAGAAAAUCCUUCAGAGGAAUAUUGGAAACACACAUAUCUGUAUGAAAGAUUAAUGGAGGCAUUGAAUGAGCUAAAGAAAUGUUUGGAGAAUAAAGCAAUACCAUGCUUAUUUUCAAGAGAUUAUAACUUGAUUUACCAACUUAAUGAGCGUCAGUGUGAAAACUGGGCCAAUAAAGUCAAAAGUCAUAUUACAUCUAUUACUUCUGAUGUUAACUCUUUGAGCAAAAUAUUGAAAGUAAAAUAGUUUGUUCAAUGAUUUUUUUAAUUGUUUUUUGAUCAACACUUUUUAAUGGUAUUUUCUUCUAUUAUAAAUCUGUUAAUUCAGUUGCAAUUGGUUCAUGGCAGACUUUUAAUUUCUUACUCAUGUUCUUUGGCAUAGAAUCAUUCUAUCUACCCUUUUAUUUCUGCCCUAGUGCCUUGCAUUUUUUUAAUCUGACGACCCCAGUCUGUUUAAUUUUUUAUGAAAUUUUUGAUUUUUUGUGAAUUAGUGUUUGCCAUAUCAUCCUGGAAUUUGAUGGCAUUAAAAGCCCAUAAGAGAGAAAUUUGUAUUAUUACGUCUUAAGAUUUUUUUACGACAUUGCCCCCACCUUCUUUUACAUAUCUUCUUCUCAGUAGUUGGCAUUUUCAUUACAGAUUUUACUUCACAUUAAUCAAAGCAAUGCAAGUAAUCCCAGUAUUUUUUAAAAUUUUAAGAGAAGGUUGAAAUUGUUUAUUUUAUUUAUGGGAUUUUAUUUUUAAUUAAGUGAUAUUUUUUUCAAUAUACGUUAUUUUUUUAUUGUUUUGAAACGUAAUUUUUCUUUGUUUUCUUUUUUUCUAUUCUUUAUGUACUAUAGAUAUAUUUUUAACGCAUAAUAUACUCCACAGUAAUUGGCAUUUUUGUGGCAGAUUAUACCUAGUGUUAAUUGAAACAUUCCAAAUAAUGCCAGUAAUCAUCUUAUUUAUGAGAAAUUUAAGAAAACACUUAAAUUGUUUAUUUUAUUUACAUAAAUUUUUUUAUUACAAAAUUAUAUAUUUUUAAUAUGCUUUAAGCUAAUUUUUUCUGAAACAAAUGUUCUUUGUUUGAUUUUUCUUUUGUAUUCUUUAAGUAUUAUACAUAUUACAGGCAUACUCCUUACAUAUUAUUACAUAUCUCUUUCACAAUAGUUGACAUUUUUAUGACAUUUUAUACCUAGUAUUAAUCAAAGCAAUACAAAUAAUGCCAGUUAUCAGAGAAGGAUAAUUUUUUGAUCUGAUUUUUGCCUUUGAACAAUUUAAGAAGACAAUUAAAUUGAUUGUUUUAUUUAUGUGAUUUUUUAAAUAAUGAAGUGAUAUUUUAUCAACAACUUAUGAAUUGUCUUUUCCCUUAACAUAAUUUUUCAUAGUUUGCCUGUUUUUUUUUUCUCGUUUUAUAUGUAAAUUACAUUUAAAAAAGUCAAGUGCCUUGAGUAAAUCAAAAGUUUUUUUUUAGUAAUGAUUUUGUAAAUCUAAUUUUGAAAAUCAAGUUUUUUAAACUCUGAUUAGUGAGUAAUUUAUGAACUCUGCGCUAGAAAAUAUUUACUAAAUUUAGUAAAAGGUAUUUGUUUAUUUUCUCAUGUUUUAUAGAUUCUUCUCCCUAUUCACUUUGCUUUAAAAUUAAAAUUUUUUUUCACUGAAAAAAUCUUUUUUAAAAAUUUUACUAAAAUUUAUAAUAAUUGUUAUGUAUUUUCAAUUAUUCUAACAAAUAAGUGAAUUAUCACUAAAUGAAAUUAUAAUAAUUUUUUAAAUAUAUAUUUUUUAUAGAUUUGUUUUUUUAGUUUUACUCAAGUAUUUUUUUAAGUGUCAAUUUUGAAGCAUAUUAUUGAAUGUUGUUUCUUUUGAUAUUUUUGUGCAUGUUUAAACUUUGAAAAGGAAUCAUCUUUAAAAUUUAUAGUUACAAAAUAGUUUUUUCUUUUCAAUCUUAUUUAUUUUGUGUGCAGGUUAGACAUCUGAGUUGCACUGCUUAAGCAUUACUAACUUCUAUUGCAACAUAAGCAAACUAGAAUAUUAAUCAUAGAGUAGAAAAUUGUUUUCUUUUAAGGAUCAUUUAUGGAAUUAAGAAUUUAAUUAUGUAGUUUGGAAAUUUGGUCUUCAGAUUUUUGUGAUAGGUAUCUGAACAGGCCUAUUUUAAUUCUAGAUUAAUUGAACCAAGCUAUUUUAAAUCCGUUAUUCGCUCAUAAAUAAAUUACAGAUUGAAAAAUAGUUGCAUUUAAAGUAUUUGCUAAUAUAACAUUAAUUCUGUUGGCAUUAAUAAAAUCCUUUAAAAUUAUACUAUAUAUAGAUUAAACAGUACAUUUUAUAUAACUAAUAAUUAUUUUACUUUAAAAGUUUAAGUUUGAGAAGUGUGCAAACAUUUUCACCAAGUAUUUGGACUCAAAGUUCCUGGAAUCAAAAUUGAUGAUUGUUUUUGUUUCCAAAACAAUUGCCUAUCUCUGUUAACCACAUGAUUUGUUGGGUACACACCAGCAAUGAAAAUUUACUGGUCCAAUAGGACCACUUAGGUAUUCAUUUAGUGGUCCUUAAUAUGGUAGACAAACUAGAGAAAAAAUUGAACUUUAUAAUUACAUAAUUUAUGUCAGACACAUGGUGCAUAUUACCAUUAAUAACAUCUUAAAGCAAAUUUGGUUCAUUACCCCAUAAUGAUUGAAGAUUUUUUAAAAUUAAGUGAAAAAAGCUAAACUGAUAUUAGUAAACAGAUUUGACACAGAUAUUAAAGUAAGUAAAUAAAUGAGGAAAACAGAAAAAAGUAAGAGCUAACAAAAUAUUAUAUUAACAGUUAACUGACUAAAAAUUAUAAAAUUUCAAAUAAAUUUCAAAUGGGAAAAUUUUUUUGAUCAACAAUUAUACUGUCAAUAAAUUUCAAAUGGGAAAAUUUUUUUAAUCAACAAUUAUACUGUCAAUAUAUGAAUGUAAAGUACAUUACAACAUGUAAAUUUGUAAUUUCAAUAUUUAUAUUUAAAAUUUUUUUUAUCAGACACUUUCAUUUAUUCCAUUUGUAUACCAUGCAUUUGAAUUCCAUACCAUAAGCAAAACAACAAUAUUAAUACUGAAAUUUUUUUAAAAUGCUGUGAAUUUGAUGAAAGAAAAAUUGUUCUUCUUACUAUUUUGCAGAUUCCACAUACAGUUUAAGGUGACAAAUCUUUCACUUAGGCAUAUGAUUUUGAGUAUUGAGUAUAGUAAAGUUUAAUUAUGCGUUUUUUUAAUGUAAAAAUCCAUAUGGUUUGUUAUUGAAAAAUAAUUACUAAUUAAUGCAAACACAGAAACGUUAAAAAUUUUGAUGAAAAAUAUUGUUUAAAGUAAAAUUUUCUCUUAUAUCUGGGAAAUAUAUACAAGUUAUAUAAAGUUUUUAUGUUAUUAUUCUAUAAUUUUUAUGUUGUUAGGCUACACUAGCUGAAUACUCGUUGUUUGUAUAGGUUGGAAAUAAAAUAAGUAAUCAGUAAAUUAGUACAUAUCAGCACUACAAAAUCAUGUACAUAACUGAAAGGCGUCAUAUACCAACAUAAUGGCUGAAGCUAAAAGAAUUCUUAAUUUUUUCUUUAUUAUUAUUUGUUGCCCUUACCUCUUAUUUGAUUAAGAAAAACAUAAUUUUAGAAGUUCAUCCCAUCAAAAUAAGAUUAAACUAUAUUCUGAAUCAUUUGGCAUAAUGUUAUUGAUUGAGGCCUAUAGUGAAACUAUAGUCACACUAUAGUGAAAAUUUACCGCAAUGAGAGUUUGGUAAUGACAGUUUUGUAAUAAUUGGCUUAAGGAGUGCAACAAAGGAAGUGCUAAGCAAAAGUGUACUUUUCUGUAUGUGCCAUUUAUGUAAAAUAUAUGUUCUUAAACCACUGAUUAUUAUGAAAGUAUUUUGUUCAAUGGUUGCAGACAAACAUGAAAAGUUUUUGAAAUGUUUUUAUUGGUUAUUUAUUAAUUUAUAAAAAGAUUUGAUAAAAUAUUAAAUACUUAAAAUUGGUAGCAAUUAUUUGCAUUUACUAGAAUUAAUUCCUUAUAAAAUAAAUAUACCAAUAAUAAUAUAAAAAUGUAUUUUUUUAUGUGUAAAGUUGAGUGUUUAUGUGAUAUUUAAGUUCAGUAGGGUCUCAAUAAUUCGAGUUUCCCAUAAAUUCGAGUCAGCUAAAAAAAUUAAUUUAAGCUCAUAAGAAUGACCAAAACAUAUACAAGAAGUGAAAGAAUUACUACAUCAGCCUAACAAAGUCAUCUUAAUCUUAAAUAAUGUAUUAUGGCAUCCAAAAGAGGAUAAAUUAUAUUUUGAUGGAAUCAGGACAUUAUAUAUGGGGACAUAGGUUUAUGACCUCUAGUGACCAUAAAAUUAUGACCACAGAAAUCAUAAGUUUAAUUCAGACCAUACAUCAAUAUGCUGUAAUGUUUAAAUAAAUUGUCAUAUUUCUAUCUUCAAUCUUUUCUAUUAUGAGCCUUGGAAAGUAAGGAAACCAUUGAAUGAAAAAUUAAGGUCUACCAAUUCCAGUAGCCAUGAGGUCUAAAAUAUUGUAGCAGAUGUCCAAUAUUUUAAUAAAAUUCUACAUAAAUGCAAAAAAAAAAAAAAAAAAUUAUGCUACUUAACAUGCUGGUUCCUAGAGUUGGUCGUGACUGCUAAAACAUCUCACGUUUGUGAGAACGGGAGUUUGAAUCUAGCCGGCUGAAAACUCCCUGUGUAGUAAAUGGUGACUGGUGCACAUAAAUAUGUCAGGUCACAAAGUCCUCCAUAUUCCCAUAACAAAUCUAUACCUCUGGGGGUACUGAAUGAUAGAUUUAUCGUUCUCUGGUUCAGGUCAAAAUUGCAAUCUGCCGAUGUAUGAAUGGGUCCGCCCUAUAAAUAGGUGUGACAUAAUGGUGUGGCGGAAGUCGAAUUCUUGGUCAUAGAUGGCUCCACUGGAAAACAAGAACAAUCGCAACUUAUCUGCCUUAAUGGCCGACGACAACAAUAACAAACACUUUUCAUUUAAAUAUUAGUAUAUGUCACAUAUAUGUAUGUCAUUGAAAUUUGAAAAUUGCUCUAUUUACAUUAAUUUAUUAUAAAAUUUUAUGAAUUUGAUAAGUUGAAUUUUUGGAAGUUCGAGGUGGACCCUACCCAAUCCAUCUCGAAUUAUGGAAACUCUACUAUAUUAAAAAAGAAAUAAUUAAGAGCUAGAGUUUAUUAAUGAUAUGUUGUACAAUUAUAUGGUUGAAAUGAACUUAAAAGGAUUUUAUUUAGUUUUGAUAAAAUUUAAUUUUAUAUUAGGUGCUAUUGAGAUGUUUUAAACUUGACAUUGGACUUUGCUCAAUUUACAUUGAUUAUAAGUUGUAAAGCUAUAUGUAGACUUAAACUAAUAGAAUACAUAAAAAUAUCCUGUUACUUUUUUUUAACAAUGUUUUAAUUGUUAGUACUGAAUGAAUACUUUUAAAAAUAAUGGUUUUCUAAAAAUUGUUUUGGAACUAAAUUAGAAUCAUUGCAACAUUCUUGUAUUAUUUGUAAGUUGCGAUUUUAUCUGCUGUAGUAAAUGAUAAUCUCAAGUGACCUAUUUUCUUAUCUUUUACAAAAUUUUUUAAAAUUACUGCUGUUUAAUAAUGCAUUUUUUAAUAAUGAACAGUUGUUAUAUUAAUGAUAUAGUAACUAUUUUUUUAGUUUUUUAAAAACUUUUUUAAAAAAUGUAAUAAAAUUCAAUGAGCUUACUUUUAAUUUAAAACUUUAUUUUAAAAUGCUAAAGAGGUACUGAAUGAAAAUUGGUAUUUGUAAAACAAUUUUUCUGUUUAUGAUUUUUAUGUUGAUUUUAUUUGUUUGUAAUUUAGUUUUUCAUCUUAAAUAAAUAUUUUGAAAAUAAGACCUGUAUUCUGUUUGUAUUUCUAGUUGCAUUCAGUGUUGAUAUUGUUCAUUCACGAGUUUUAUUUUAUAGGAUGAUUCUUUGUCAGAUGCGGAAUGAAUAAAUUAAAUUAUUUAUUCA